CACAGUAUGGCUGACGGCACAGAGACGUCUCAGGAGUUAGGCACAAAAACUCUAAAAACUUCACAUUGUCUUGGCUUCAGACUGGCACAUCGUGCUCUGGUGUUUCUGCAUAUUCAUACUCUUUUCUACAGUCUUAUCAAAUUCCUGGACGCAGCUCUGAGGUCAUGGGGAAUCAGCAGCUGGCUGCCUUCAUGGUGCCCGACAUCUCAGGGCAAACUGGAAGAGGCGGAGGAGAGGAUGCUGCAGCCCAUCCAAAGCAAGUUCUCCAAGCAGUAUGUCCACAUCUCCAAUGACAACAAGCUGUGGACGCUGGUGUUCGAUGACCGUGUGGAGCGUCAGACUCCACUGGUGCUGCUGCAUGGUUUUGGCGGUGGAGUUGGUCUCUGGGCUAUGAACCUGGACGCUCUGUCCCGGCAGAGGCCUGUGUAUGCUCUUGAUUUGCUUGGCUUUGGUCAGAGUAGCAGGCCUGAUUUCAGUGCCGAUGCCCAGGAGGCUGAAACACAGUUUGUGGAGUCCAUUGAGGAGUGGAGGGAAAAACUAGGCCUGAAGAGGGUAAUCCUGCUAGGACACAACUUGGGAGGAUACCUGGCAGCAGCCUACUCACUUAAAUACCCUUCCAGGGUAAAACACCUGAUCCUGGUGGAGCCGUGGGGUUUUCCAGAGUGUCCAGAGGCUGGUGAACAGGACGGAACAUUUCCUGUGUGGAUUAAAGCCCUCGGCGCUGUUCUCAGCCCCUUCAACCCAUUGGCUGGCCUUCGUCUUGCAGGACCACUUGGUCCAGGUCUAGUGCAGAUUGUGCGACCUGACUUUAAAAAGAAAUAUUCUGCCAUGUUUAAUGACAACACAGUCGCAGAGUACAUCUACCAUCUUAACGUUCAAAGCCCAAGUGGGGAAACAGCUUUCAAAAACAUGACCAUUUCCUACGGCUGGGCCAAGCGGCCUAUGCUGCAGCGUGUUGGCCUGAUUCACAGUGACAUUCCCAUUACCGUGAUCUAUGGGUCACGCUCCAGCAUAGAUGGCCACUCCGGCAAUUCAAUCAAAGAAAUGAGGCCAAAUUCCCACGUGGAGCUAAUCGCCAUACGAGGAGCAGGACACUAUGUAUUUGCUGACCAGCCAGAAGACUUCAACAACAGGUUGCUCCAUGUGUGUGAAACAGUGAACUGAGGGUGAUGAGGAAUGAUAGGCUUUUUAAGUUUAUUUUAUUUUAUUUUUGUCAUAUUAUAUUUCUUCAUAUUAUAAGCUUAAAGAGCUGGCUAGAGUGCCCGUGUAAUUCUGUUUGUAUUUACAUGCCGCAGUGCAGUGCAGCACUACAGCAUGUCCUUCGCCAGACUCAUAUUUUGCACACUGCAGGUUUGCGGAUAACUGGAAAAAAAAACACUGUCAAACUCUACUCAUUCAGAGAUUAGUAUUUUGAUUGAUGUCGACUGUGUAUUCAGUCAGUAAUAGGAAUAUAUCUGCGAAUCUAUAUUUGAGCUAGUAGAUGGUUUUAACUGGAAACAAGGGGGCAAAAAUACACACAAUAAUUAUCCUAGGUUACAUUUAACAGCAUGCUGAGUUAAAUGUAGUGUUUUAGUAUUAUGCAGUUAUAUCAAGCGUAUAAAUCGCAUCACAUUUUAACUUUUGAUUCCAAUUAAUGCAGGCUUGGGAACAAAAUUUCAUUCAUUUCACAAAAACUUGAACUCUUAAAAUAACAAACCUAUUCUAAAUCUAUCUCAAUGAUGACCACUAAGGACUAUUUGGAUUUCAUCCAAAUAGAGCAAAUGUAAGAUGUUCUAAUAUUUAGAACAUGUUGCCCCUUUCUACCUCAAUGAGUAACAUGACGUCUGCCACUAUGAAGAAGGAGCAAUGUUUACUCCAUGUGUUUUUGUGCAGUCUAUGAAAAUUGUUAUUAGUAUUAUGUAUGGUACACAAUAGAGUUAGUGAGUUUUUGCAAUGCAAUGAUUAUGUAAUUCUCAGUGUAUGUAUGUUUCUGUAUUAACUGAUCGAUUUUAUUGUACGUGUUUUAAAUUAACUGCAAGUUCUAAUGAGUGAGAAAAUCCUACAGUAAUUACUGUACUGAAU